AUGACGGUAAAAAAAAUUGCAGUGAUUGGGGCUGGAGUCAGCGGACUGGGCGCCAUUAAGAGCUGUUUGGAGGCAGAACUAGAACCUACGUGUUUUGAAAAGAGCAAUGACAUCGGAGGGCUGUGGAAAUAUAAGGAGAUACCAGAAAAUGGAAGACUUGGGAUAUACAAAUCUUUGACCUGCAAUACGUCCAAGGAGAUGACAGCCUUCAGCGACUACCCCAUCCCCGACCAUUACCCCAACUACAUGCACAACUCCAAAUUGAUGGAGUAUCUCAGGAUGUACGCCAAGCACUUCGGGCUCAUGAAACACAUCCAGUUCCAGACAAAGGUGUGCACAGUGAGGAAACGCCCUGAUUUUUCAUCCUCUGGCCAGUGGGAUGUUGUGGUGGAAGCUGAUGGUGUGCAGAAAACAUACAUCUUUGAUGGGAUAAUGGUCUGCAGUGGUCACUACACUGAGAAGCAUAUUCCUCUACAGGAUUUUGCAGGAAUCACCCAGUUCCAAGGCCGCUAUUUCCACACCUGGGAAUACAAGCACCCAGGCAACUUGGAGGGGAAGAGAGUGGUCGUGGUUGGCAUUGGAAAUUCUGGAGCAGAUGUGGCAAGCGAGAUCAGUCGCGUCGCUGAACAGGUUUUUCUCAGCACAAGACGAGGGGCAUGGAUAUGGAACCGAGUUUGGGAUAAUGGGAAUCCUAUGGAUGCCACGCUCUUCACUCGUUAUAAUAGAGCUGUCCAAAAGAUCUCCCCCAAAUUCCUGAUCAACAGACAAAUAGAGAACAAGUUAAACUUGAGGUUUGACCACGCCAAUUAUGGACUGAAGCCUCAGCACAGAAUUCUUGACCACCGAACGGUGUUUAGUGAUGACCUGCCAAAUCGCAUCAUUAUUGGAAAAGUGCAGAUAAAACCAAAUGUGAAAGAGUUCACCUCAACAUCGGUCAUCUUUGAGGAUGGAACUGAGGAGACCAUAGACGUUGUCAUCUUUGCCACGGGCUACACUUUGUCCUUCCCUUUCUUGCACGACGAACCAACUGUCGUGGACAGCCAGUACUCCAUGUUUAAAUUCGUCUUCCCUCCUGGGUUAGAGAAGCCGACUCUAGCUUUCAUUGGCAUCAUCCAGCCAGCUGGCGCCAUCAUCCCUACAUCAGAGCUCCAAAGCCGAUGGGUUGUGCAAGUGUUCACUGGACUGAAAAAGUUGCCCUCAAAGAACGACAUGAUGGUUGACAUCAACAGAAAGAGACGGAAAAUGACCAAAGAGUAAGGAACUUAAUUUUUUAAAAGCCCCGAAGACUUUCGUCAUGUUCAGUUCAUCGACUACAUGGAUGAAAUUGCUUCAGAGUUAGGGGUCAAACCCAACCUGCUCUCUCUCUUCCUCUGGGAUACAAAGCUGGCCAAGGAGAUUUUCUGCGGUCCCUGCACCUCCUACCAGUACCGUCUCCAGGGCCCCGGGAAAUGGGCUGGGGCUCGGGCAGCCAUCCUCACUCAGAGAGAAAGAAUGCUCAAACCCCUGAGAACCCGGGCUCUCAAACACUCUCAGGCCUCCCUCUCUCGUCUUUUCUGGGUCAAAAGUAUCUGUGUUGUCUUCUUUUUCUUUGUUUCCCUGUUAGCUAUCGUGCAUAUCACAAGUCGUUAA